AUGGUGGAGGAUAGUAAUAAUAACAUAAAAGUCUUACUCAAAACCCGUGACCUAAAAUUUAUUGCCGAAAACAUAACUGAUGAACCUACUAAGAAGUAUAAACUGUUCGAGACAAUUAAUAAAGAUUUGGCGGUGAGUAUAAUGGAUUCGAUUGAUAAUUUAUCUUAUGAACAAAUAAAGGAUUUAAUUCAAAAAAAGGUUGAAAAGAACAAAAUUACACGUAUAAUGGAAGUUUUUAGUACUAAACCAGAUAGAUUAGAGUCAUCCAGAGAAUAUCUGGAUAGGCUGAAAGUGUGCGGAUCUGGCCUUAAUUCAGAAUUGAUAGCAGUUCAAUUCAUUAUUAAUUGUCACAAUGAGAGAUUGAAAACAAGAUUGGUAGAAGAGAACACGACAGACUUGAUUAUAAUUGAGGAGAUUAUUGUCAAAUGUCAAUCAUUGGAGUUUAAUAAUAAAAAGUCCUUCAUUGAAAAAGAUACAUGGAGAAUAGAUGACAGAUAUGGUGCACAAUUCUAUACGUCAUGGAAUGAAAACAAGCAUAAUGGUAGGACCUACAACAACAAAAACAACAACUACAACGAUAACAACAACAACAACAACAAUUUAAAAAAACAAGAAAUUAUACAAACGCCAUAUAAUUUAAGGCCAAGGAAUAAGAUAAAUUUUAUUAAUGAUUUUAUGAUUAAUAUGCAACUUAAUAAUCUUAAUUUUUCUUUUUGA